AUGUCUGCCUCUGCCAAGCUCAUCCUCAUCUCCGCCCUCGUGGCCUACGUCGAAGCCCGCUUUGGCCAGGAGCAGAUCCCUGUCGCCGCCGUCUCCGCCCUCGACGGCCAGUUUGGCCAGUCCGGCCAGGCUGCGACCCUCGCCGGCGGCGUCCCCGGCGUCCUCCUCGGCGGUGCUGACCCCUGCGCCAAGCUGACCCUCGCGGACAACAUUGUCACGACCCUCGGCAACGACCCUGCUGUCAUUGCCGCCGCCGCCGGUGUCGUCGCUGCCGAGCAGAACUUCAACCCCUUCACCUCCGACAUUCCCAACAUUUGCGGUGACGCCAGCCUGCCCGCCACCGAGGCUCUGCGCGGCAUCCUGCCCGCCAUUGACCCCGCCGUCGCCAACGCGGCCCUGGCCAACCAGCUCAGCGCUUCAUCUCUGCAGACGCCCCUUGGUGCUGCCGGCGUCUCGGUUGCCGACCUGUUCAUCGCCAACGGAUUUUCGGAUCUGAAGAUUGACGGCCAGGCUGCCGCUGGUGCCGGUGCCGGUGCUGGUGCUGGAGCUGGAGCUGGCGCUGGAGCUGGUGCUGGAGCUGGAGCUGGUGCCGGCACUGGCGGCAACGGCAAUGCUGGCAACGGCAAUGCUGGCAACGGCAACGCCGGUAACAACAACAAUGCCGGUAAAGGCUGUGGUGCUGUUGCUCCUGCUCCUGGUGCUGGAGCUGGAGCUGGUGCCGGCAAUGCUGGCAACGGCAAUGCUGGCAACGGCAACGCCGGCAACGGCAACGCUGGCGGCAACGCCGGAGGCAAUGCUGGCGGUGCCGCCGACUUUGGCCAGUGCACGCCUACCAUGGACUUCCAGCUCGGCCGUGGCAACCGCGCCGCCAAUGAGGGCACCUUCCUUCCCACCGACUCUCUCGUCGCCCAGGGACAGCAGGAUGCUCUCAACCCCAACAUCAUCACCAACCGCAUCUGCGACCAGCUCAUCAACGUCUGCAAUGCCAACGCUGCGGCCAUUGCGAAGUGCGAGGACGCUCAGGCUCAGGUUGAGGCUUCCGGCGACCGCAGCGCCGCGGUGGCGGACGUCUUCAACGGCCUCCUUGGCUUCUAA